UGCCGACCGUCCGUGCCAGGACCCUGUGUGUGCGUGUGCGUGUGUGUGUGUGUGUGUGCCGGGCUGCAGUUGAACCACUCAGCCGUCCGGAGGUUUAAGGUGGGCGGAGACAGAGAGCCCGAGGAAGUCCUCCUGUCUGCAGCGACCGACGCACACAGUGCAUUUCGGACUCGGCACCCGCACCCGUCCGAGGAGGGGAGACAUCAUGGCAACGACAACUUGUACGCGUUUUACAGAUGAGUACCAGCUGUACGAGGAGCUUGGCAAGGGGGCCUUUUCAGUCGUGCGCCGCUGUGUCAAGCUCUGCACGGGCCAAGAGUACGCCGCCAAGAUCAUCAACACCAAAAAGCUCUCGGCCAGAGACCAUCAGAAACUGGAGAGGGAAGCCAGGAUCUGCAGAUUGCUCAAGCACUCCAACAUCGUUCGUCUCCAUGACAGCAUCUCAGAGGAAGGCUUCCACUAUCUCCUCUUUGACCUGGUGACAGGAGGGGAGCUGUUUGAAGACAUUGUGGCUAGAGAGUACUACAGUGAAGCCGAUGCCAGUCAUUGCAUCCAGCAGAUCCUGGAGGCCGUGCUCCACUGCCAUCAGAUGGGGGUGGUACACAGAGACCUCAAGCCGGAGAACCUGCUGCUGGCCAGCAAGUGUAAGAACGCUGCAGUGAAGCUGGCUGACUUUGGACUCGCUAUCGAGGUUCAAGGGGAGCAGCAGGCUUGGUUUGGCUUCGCGGGGACUCCCGGGUACUUGUCCCCAGAGGUGCUGAGGAAGGAGGCGUACGGCAAACCUGUCGACAUCUGGGCAUGCGGUGUGAUCCUCUACAUUCUUCUGGUCGGGUACCCUCCGUUCUGGGACGAGGACCAGCACAAACUCUACCAGCAGAUCAAAGCUGGAGCGUACGACUUUCCCUCCCCAGAGUGGGACACGGUGACUCCGGAGGCUAAAAAUCUGAUCAACCAGAUGCUGACUAUCAACCCAGCCAAGAGAAUCACCGCCCAGGAGGCUCUGAAGCACCCAUGGGUCUGCCAACGCUCCACCGUGGCCUCUAUGAUGCACAGACAGGAGACCGUCGAGUGCCUGAAGAAGUUCAACGCCAGGAGGAAACUCAAGGGGGCCAUCUUGACCACCAUGCUCGUCUCCAGGAACUUCUCUGUGGGUCGGCAGACCACCGCGCCGGCGUCCGUCAGCGCCGUGGCUGGAACCCCCGCUGGCAUCGUGGAGCAAGCAGCCAAGAGUCUCCUCAACAAGAAGGCUGAUGUCAAGCCGCAGACCAACAGCACGAGAAACAGCACCGUCACCAGUCCCAAAGGACACGUCUCUGCUGCACUGGAGCCUCAGACUACUGUUAUCCAUAAUCCAAUAGAUCGGACCAAGGGGUCAUCUGACAGCAGCAACACCACCAUUGAGGAUGAAGAUGUAAAAGGUGGGACACACACACACACACACACAGACAAACACACACACAAUGCGGUGUACAGAUCUGUUCAUGUCUACGAGACUGAAGAGGAGGCCGCGAGGAGCAGAGAAGGGAUCCUGGAUAUAAUCAGAGAGAUCAGCGAGGGGAGGGAGGUGCAGGCGGAUAUGGAGGGAGGGGGCUCAAAGGAGUCUGAAGAGUCUGAUUUCUGGGAUCGUCGGCGUCCUCCUACGCUCUUCUCUCUCCGUGUCUCCGCAUGCAGUCCCACCGACGCUCCCAUCAUCAACCCUCCACCACAGCACCUCCGCCGCUCUGUGAAAACCACGCAGCAUGCCAAAAUCUCACUGUCGUUCUAUAUGGAUUCUCUUUACAACAAACAGCGCGAGAUGAGCUAA